UUUCUCAUUGUUUCAGAGAGAAACAGUCAGACAGACAUACAGACAGACGUGCUCUGUUGUUUUCUUCGGAUUCUGGGAUUAAUUAAGCUGUUUAUAUAAAUCGAUGAUUAGUGGAGGAGUGGGAGUUUUCGUAAGUCGAGCUCUCUCUGAGGUUUUAAUCACAUAAAAAAACCAUGAUGUAAUGAUGGGUCAUUAGUCUUUUUCCCCAAUUUGUAUUCCACAUAAACAAAAAGUGGGUUCUGAAAAAUACUGCCGGUCCUUUGCAAAGAAAAGCUGUGCGCCUCGUGGAAAUAGAUACAUACACAUGUAUAUGAUGUUGGGUUUUUUGUUUUCUAGCUUAGAAAUGAACUGGGCAACAAGGGUUGAGCUUAGAAAUUGAAAGGAGGAGGAGGAAGAAGAAGAUGGGUGAGAAAGUUCGACGGCAACAUCACUCGGUGGCUGUUACGUUAAACGAACAAAUGGGUACUACUAAAAGAAUGCACACUUUCAUCAAUAGAGUUUGGCUUCCUAAAAUCUUAGCACUUUGGAUCCUUUUAAUGGCUUUUAUUAGUCGAUUGAUUUAUGAAAGAGGAGAUUCAGAAAAUAAAGAGAGGAGAAAAGAGGUUUUGGUUACCAUGUGUGACCAAAGAGCUAGAAUGCUACAAGAUCAGUUCAGUGUUAGUGUCAAUCAUGUCCAUGCUCUUGCGAUUUUGGUUACCACUUUUCAUUAUGACAAAACCCCAUCUGCAAUCGAUCAGGAAACGUUUGCCUUGUAUACUGCCAGUACGGCAUUUGAAAGGCCAUUGUUGAGCGGUGUAGCGUAUGCCCAGAAAGUAGUCAACUCAGAAAGAGAAGAUUUUGAGAGACGCCAUGGAUGGACUAUACGAACCAUGGAGAAGGAGACUUCCCCUGUCCGAGAUGAAUAUGCCCCUGUAAUUUUUUCACAAGAAACAGUUUCCUAUAUUGAAUCUAUUGAUAUGAUGUCUGGAGAGGAAGAUAGAGAGAAUAUCUUGAGGGCUAGGGCUACUGGGAAAGCAGUUCUUACAAAUCCUUUCAGACUAUUGAAUUCACAUCUUGGAGUUGUUCUUACUUUCCCUGUUUACAAAUCCAAGCUUCCUCCUAAUCCCUCUGUGGAGGAAAGAAUUCAAGCCACUGCUGGAUAUCUUGGUGGAUCUUUUGAUGUUCAAUCUCUUGUGGAGAAUCUUCUCGGGCAACUGGCAGGAAAACAGGCAAUUGUGGUAAAUGUUUACGACAUUACAAAUGCUUCGUACCCAUUAACAAUGUACGGUCACCAAUAUGAAGAAGGAGACAUGUCGUUGGAGCGUCUCAGCAUGCUUGAUUUUGGAGAUCCAUUCAGAAAACAUCAAAUGGUUUGCAGGUACCUUCAAAAGGCACCUACAUCAUGGGGAGCUCUAACCACAGCAUUCUUAUUCUUUGUCAUCGGAUUCUUGAUUGGUUAUAUCAUAUACGGUGCAGCGAUUCACAUUGUUAAAGUUGAGGACGAUUUCCGCGAAAUGGAGGUGCUGAAAGUAAGAGCUGAAGCUGCUGGCAUUGCGAAAUCUCAGUUUCUAGCUACUCUUUCACACGAAAUAAGGACUCCGAUGAAUGGUAUUCUCGGGAUGCUUGCAUUGCUUCUAGACACUGAGUUGAGUUCAACUCAAAGGGAUUAUGCUCAAACCGCUCAGGCUUGUGGAAAAUCGUUGAUAACAUUGAUUAACGAAGUGCUAGACCGGGCGAAGAUUGAAGCUGGGAAGCUGGAAUUAGAAACAGUUCCAUUUGAACUUCGACCUCUGUUGGAUGAUGUUCUUUCUCUAUUCUCUGAGAAGUCUAGGCAUAAGGGUAUUGAGUUGGCUGUGUUUGUUUCUGAAAAAGUCCCCGACAUUGUUAUGGGAGAUUCAGGAAAAUUUCGUCGAGUUAUUACAAAUCUUGUUGGAAACUCCGUCAAGUUCACGGAGCGCGGACAUAUAUUUGUUCAAGUCCAUUUAGCGGAACAUGCCAAGUCGAUGAUAGAUCCGAAGGGUGAAUCUUGCUUCAUGGGUUGUUUGGGUGGUCAUAACAAGCCAAGUGGCUGUCAAUUCAACACUCUAAGUGGUUUCGAAGCUGCUGACGAACGUCAUAGUUGGGAAACCCUUAAACAUGUCAUUUCCGAACAAGAAUUCUGCUUGAACACAACAAAUUGUAAUUCUAAUAAGGUCACAUUAUUAGUACGCGUUGAAGACACUGGCAUCGGGAUACCCUUGCAUGCUCAGGAACAAGUCUUUAUGCCUUUCAUGCAGGCUGACAGUUCAACCUCGAGGAAUUAUGGAGGCACGGGUAUUGGGCUAAGUAUUAGCAAGUGUUUGGUUGAGUUGAUGGGAGGACAGAUAAACUUCAUAACUCGUCCUCAAAUAGGAAGUACUUUUUCGUUUACUGCUGUCUUUGAAAAGUAUGAUCAGGAUUUGUCCCAUGAUAUUAUGAAGGAGAAGGAAAAACUUCUUUGUAAUGAUCUUUCAACUGGUUUUAAGGUAUUAAGAGCGAUGGUUGUCGAUGGCAAUCCGAUUAGAAGUGCUAUAACGAGGUACCAUUUGAAGAGACUCGGUGUUCUUGUUGAAGUUGUAGGCGAUAUCCGUCUGGCAGUUGACUUAAGAGAGAGGCAACAACCCGAUAUGAUUCUGAUCGAGAAGGACGUGUGGUUGUCUUCAUGUGAGGAUAAUGUGGGCUCAAUUUUUGGGAAAACUAUUCUUCUGGCGACGAGCAUUACGAAUGCAGAGUUAGACAAAGCAAAACAGGCCGGUUUUGAAGAUACAGUUAUCAUGAAGCCUUUGAGAGCAAGUAUGGUGGCGGCUUGCCUUCAACAGGUUCUAGAAAAAGGAAAGAAGAUGCAACAAGGGAAAGGGAUAUCGAAUAUGGUUCUUAGAAGCUUGAUUUCCGGAAAGAAAAUAUUAGUUGUUGAUGACAAUAGGGUGAACCGUAGAGUUGCUGCUGGUGCUCUGAAGAAAUUCGGGGCUGAUGUUGAGUGUGCAGAAAGCGGUAAAUCUGCCUUAGAAUUGCUUCAUUCCAAUUCAUUCGAUGCCUGCUUCAUGGAUAUUCAAAUGCCCGAAAUGGAUGGUUUUGAGGCUACAAGACAGAUCAGGUUGAUGGAGAGAAAAGAAAACGAGCAUCAAAUGGUGAACAGACGCCACAUGCCAAUAUUAGCCAUGACUGCUGAUGUAAUACAAGCCACUUACGAUAAAUGCCUCGAAUGUGAGAUGGAUGGAUAUGUAUCCAAGCCGUUUGACGAAGAGAAACUAUAUCAGGAAGUUGCCAAGUUUUUCGAGUCAAACACAUUAUCACAAAACUCUUUUUAAAAACCAAACCAAUCAUUCCCACAAUUCUUUUUUCCAAUAUCGAACCGGGGCAGCCCCCCCACGAGUUCAAUUUGGAUUUUAAAGACCCCUUCUUCUAUCUGUAUAUAGAUUAUCUUCAGAUUGAAGAAAAAUGAAGAGGGGUGCCAGAAAGUUGGUAACAUAAUCACCUUUUUUUCUUUUCUUUUUUUUCCACUUAAGCUGCUAAUUUUGUUCUGAUUAAGGAGAGAGCUUGUUUGGUUUAGGGUAUUACAAACUAAGCUUGAACCCGAGUUAUAAUGUUGUUGUAUUAAUCUAUGAUUUUGUUACAAAUGUUUAUUAUUACAAAAUAUAUGACAAGCCAGUCCAGAAAUAUGAUAAUAGCAAUGUCUGCAAUACAAUAUUCCCACAAAUUAUGAGUCUUUAGAAAGAUUUGGUAUUUGUCUUA